CCAAUACGCGCCGAUAGUAGUGUCAGCCCCAGUCCGUCCCGCCCAGUUCCGGCCUGCUGAUUCCAGGCGCCCAGUGACAGGAGGACCGAGGCCUGCUGCUGCUGCUGGGCCUUUUCAUUGUAAACGAUCCCGCUUUCCUUCGCCAGUUUCUUCCGGUCCAGGCGGCGGCGGUGGUUCGUGUCAAGGCGUGAAGAUGCCGGCGGUGUCCAAAGGCGACGGGAUGAGGGGGUUGGCGGUGUUUAUCUCGGACAUUCGGAACUGUAAAAGCAAAGAAGCAGAAAUUAAACGAAUAAAUAAAGAACUGGCAAACAUCCGAUCGAAGUUCAAAGGUGACAAGGCACUGGAUGGUUAUAGUAAGAAGAAAUAUGUUUGCAAACUGCUCUUUAUCUUCCUGCUUGGUCAUGACAUUGACUUUGGGCAUAUGGAGGCAGUCAACCUGCUCAGUUCCAAUAAAUAUACAGAGAAGCAGAUUGGUUACCUUUUCAUUUCGGUGCUGGUGAACUCCAACAGUGAGCUGAUUCGUCUGAUUAACAAUGCCAUUAAGAAUGACCUGGCCAGUCGCAAUCCCAUCUUCAUGUGUCUUGCUCUGCACUGCAUUGCAAAUGUUGGCAGUAGGGAAAUGGCAGAGGCAUUUGCUUCAGAGAUUCCCAAAAUCCUGGUAGCUGGUGAUACUAUGGACAGUGUGAAACAGAGUGCUGCUUUGUGUCUUCUGCGUCUAUACAAGACUUCUCCAGACCUGGUACCCAUGGGCGAGUGGACAUCCCGAGUGGUCCAUCUAUUAAAUGACCAGCAUCUGGGGGUUGUGACUGCAGCUACCAGUCUCAUCACUUGUCUGAGCAAGAAAAACCCUGAUGAAUUCAAGACUUGUGUUUCAUUGGCCGUUUCCAGACUUAGUCGGAUUGUGUCAUCUGCCUCCACUGACCUUCAGGAUUACACAUAUUACUUUGUUCCAGCACCCUGGCUUUCUGUCAAGCUGCUACGACUCCUGCAGUGUUAUCCUCCACCUGAGGACACUGCUGUUAAGGGUCGCCUGAUUGAAUGUAUGGAGACUAUCCUCAAUAAAGCCCAGGAACCGCCCAAAUCCAAGAAGGUACAACACUCCAAUGCUAAGAAUGCAAUUCUUUUUGAAGCUAUCAGCCUUAUUAUACAUUACGACAGUGAGCCAAACCUGUUGGUGCGUGCAUGCAACCAGCUCGGUCAGUUCCUGCAGCAUCGUGAGACUAACUUGCGAUACCUGGCUCUGGAAAGCAUGUGUCUACUGGCGGGCUCUGAAUUUUCUCACGAAGCUGUCAAAACCCACAUCGAAACAGUAAUCAAUGCGCUGAAGACGGAGAGGGAUGUGAGUGUUCGCCAACGAGCAGCCGACCUCCUGUAUGCCAUGUGCGACCGAACUAAUGCUCCACAAAUCGUGGCAGAAAUGUUGAGCUACCUGGAAACAGCUGAUUAUUCCAUUCGUGAAGAGAUAGUCCUGAAGGUGGCCAUUCUAGCAGAGAAGUAUGCAGUGGAUUACACAUGGUAUGUGGACACAAUUCUGAACCUCAUCCGCAUUGCAGGGGACUACGUCAGUGAGGAAGUGUGGUACCGAGUCAUUCAGAUUGUUAUUAACCGUGAUGAUGUUCAAGGUUACGCAGCAAAGACUGUGUUCGAGGCACUCCAGGCCCCAGCCUGUCACGAGAACAUGGUGAAGGUGGGUGGAUACAUCUUGGGAGAAUUUGGGAAUCUCAUUGCAGGUGAUCCACGAUCCAGGUUUCUCCUCUUUUUUUUUCUGUUCCUCUGCACGCUUGCCUGUGAUUUGGGAUUGUGCAGAAGCUUGGAUCUGCCGGGUGAGAGCCCUGCAUCGUUGCUGGUGGACGCAACCCUGGGUGCAGAGUUUGUCUGCAAAAACAACGGAGUCCUGUUCGAAAACCAGCUUUUGCAGAUUGGAAUAAAGUCAGAAUACAGACAGAAUCUGGGUCGAAUGUACCUGUUCUUUGGGAACAAGACUUCUGUCCAGUUCCUGAACUUCACAUUGAAUGUUAGCUGCCCUGGAGAGCUGCAAAAUGAGCUGAAUAUUCAGGCCAAGCCAGUAGAGCCGAUUGUAGAAGGUGGAGCACAAGUUCAGCAAGUGAUUAACAUUGAAUGUUUGUCAGAUUUCACUGAAGCCCCCUUGCUGAACAUUCAGUUCAGAUAUGGUGGAACCAUGCAGAAUAUCACCCUAAAGCUACCCAUAACUGUCAACAAGUUUUUCCAACCAACAGAGAUGGCAUCUGAAGACUUCUUCCAGCGUUGGAAGCAGCUCAGCAGUCCCCAGCAGGAAGCACAGAAGAUCUUUAAAGCUAAUCACCCAAUGGACAGUGAGGUCACCAAGGCUAAGGUAAGCUUCUUCCUUUUAUCAAUUAAAACUCGUCAUCUUUGUUGCACUGUCCAUAAUGGACUGUGAACUAUUGGCUGAGGA